AUGUCCUCUCAAAGCACCACCAACCCUUCCUCCUUCCCACCCGAAGAAAAGAGCCUGCACCAAGUCCUCAAAGAAAGCGGCUACGACAACCUACAGCAUUUCAUGCAAAGUCACAACCUCAGGAUACACGACGUUGAUGACGUACAACGCGCAAAAGCAAUCCUAAGCCGUUUGCGAGAGUACGAUCGGACCAGCACACACGAUCGACACUCCGAGAACGACAAACCGACUAACAUCAACCAAAACUACGAUUCAGAUUCAGAGUCAGAGUCGGACUCUGGCUCUUCGCGCGGGGUCCCUAUCGGUUUUACUGAAGACGUGGAAGAUGACGAGGAUGAUGCGGACGAGAGUGGGUGUCGGGUUGAUGGGCCGUAUAGUCACUUUGAGUGGGGUUUGGAUGAGCCGGAGUUUGAGGGAUACCCGGUGUUUUCGGAUGAUGAGGAUGGAUAUGACUCUGAUCAGGGGGAAUAUUAUGAUGGGCUGGAGGGCUACUCAGAUGAUGGGGAGGGCUGGUAG